AUGUUGUCCUUUCUAUUUAUGACUCGUUUGGGUAACGCACCUCACGUGACCAGUCGUGCUAACAGUUAUGACUACCUUCAGUCGUAUUUUGGAAAGAAAUCGGAGCUGAACGAUAGUAUUAUUGACAUGCGGUUAUUAUUUUUGUUAAUAGGCACUAUUGUGGUUAUUGUGUCUGAUAGGUUGGUGGCUGAGGAGCUUUGCUUUGUUAAUAAAAUGAUGAUAAAUUCAUCCAGGAUUCCAUCUACAAUUCUUAAGAGGAAAAAGAGAUCAAUGACUUUUCCAAAGGGAAGCGCCUUUGUUCUAACAACAACGCUUCUCAAGUCCAUUCAAAUCCGACAACCAACCAACUGGAAUCUUGAUUUAGAAUUUGACAUGAUCUGGCCAAUUCCAGAGGGAGUCGAUGUGCGGAAGCCAUUAACCAUGCGAAGGUCAAUUUGGCCCCACAGACGCCAAAGACGCGAACUUUAUGCUAAUUUUGAAUCGGCAUUGGAUAGCCAAGGUCUGCCUGGAAGUCAGUGUAUUUUACGUACUAUUUGUGAAUCUAAAUUUAUCUUAAAUCCUCCGGGAAUUUCUCUUAUUGAAGAUAUUUUAAGAGUUAUAUUUAGCUACCCUAGGAGUACUACAACCAUUCACGAUGAUUAUGAUAAAGCACAUUUGACAAAACUUGAUUGCGAUAUUAUGUACCCAUGUCCAUGCUCUCUUCUAGAUCUAUUGCUCAACUAUCACAAUGAUGUAGAAAAAUACAAAUAA